UUUACAAACAACAUCGGCCAGUACGCAGCUAACAGUUGGCGGGAACCUACAUAUUUGUCCACAGUCUAAAUAUUGUUCUUUUUUUUUCUCCGGCCAAUAUUUUCAAGUUGUGAUCUUUUUUUUUUCGAAGACAGUUUAAAAAGUUUUUAUUAAAAAUGCGCGCGGAUUUGCCAGUGUUUAAAAGAUGCUGUUUCUGCAUACCGCUACGAUAUGGUUUGCUUACAUGGGCAUACGUUAAAUUGGUUACCGUGACCAUAUUUUCAAUGUUCAUUCUGGUGUCCCUUUAUCACAUGGUGGGCAUGUACACUAUGUACCAUUUACCCAUACAGCGGCACAAUAUUAUCUUCAUGAGUGUUAUACUGACAGUCCUCUUUAUAGAAAUCAGUUUGACUGUCACGUUCAUCGUCGGAGGGCAUAUGAAAAAUGUAAAACUGAUGCGUGUGUUUUACGUCUAUAACAUAGUGAUACUGACCAUCAGUAGUCUCCUAAUGAUCAUCGCGAUACUGAUGCUGGUCUUCCCAAUUGAGUUUUUCCUCUACCGCACUUUUGAGUACAUCAGUACAUGCGCCAACUUCUUCUUCAGCAUCGUGAUACAACUCUACUUCAUACUUUUAAUCAGGAGUGAGAUCUUAAAACUUGAAGGGAAAUAUGGAUUCAGUUUCGUAAACAAUGCGGCUGAGGGCGAGUGCAAUAUGAGAGGUGACACGCAAACUGAGGGCGACUGGAAGACUAUAGAGGAUGAACCAAAGAAGAUCAAAUCUGUAGCUUAAAAACUUAUCAAUUAGG